GGCUCGGGGAGAGCCUCCGCGAGGGCGCCGCCCCGGCCUGCGCCCGGCUGGACGAGAUCGCGUCGCUGUCCACCAGCGCCGCCGCGGCCGCCUCCGCGGCGGAGCGGGCCGCCGCCGAGGCGGGCACGCAGGUGGGCGCCCUGGCAUCCCAGCUCGCCGCUGCCGGGAGCGCGGCAUGCGACGGCAUCGCCGCCUCCCAGCGCCGCGCCGAGGCCGCCGCGCGCGGCGCCGAGGCGGCCGCAGGGGCCGCGGCGGGCCGGCUGGGAGCGGCGGGAGGCGCCGCCGGAGGCUGGAGCACGAAGCGCGGGGAGGACGCCGCGGAGCUCGACCUCGCCGCCGGCAGCAUCCAGGGCGCCCUGGACUCCCAGCGCGCCCUCCAGCGGCACUGGGCCGACGCGCGGGCGGGCGCGCGGGGCGCGGCGGAGGCCUGGGCAGAG